GAGCGUGGUUUGUUGGUAAUCGGAACCCCCGAGCAGUGGAUUUCCAAGUGAAAAUGAGUGAUUCCCCGUGAUACACAUCAGGAUUGAGGAAAGCAUUCAAGAAGUGUGCGGUGCUAAGCAGAAACAAUGUGAAAAAUUUCAGCAGUGAUGGUUCACAAGUGUUUCCAAUUUCACUCCAAUUUUCACACUUUUCUGAGCACCAUACACCCUCUAUAAGCAUUCUUUGAGCAACGGCGUGCAUAGCGUUACGAUCUUUUAAGUGCAAUACUCGUUAAAUCCGUCAGUGAUUGAAGUGGUGCAUUGGAAGUAAAAAAAUCUAUCGUCAGUUUUUCAUCGUUGCGAAGCGCUACAAGGGAGAAAAAAAAUGAAUCGCAAAUCGGAUUCUCCAUGAUGGAUGUAUCGCCAGCAGUCAUCAGUAGCAUCGCCGUAGAUAUCGUUUGAUAGAAGCAGAAAAAAGAGCGUCACCAAAGGGUAAGCAGACGGCGGUGGAAGGACAUCGUCUCCGUAGAGCCGUAGAGUGAUAUGGCAGCAAUUUUCAGCGCUAAUCGAGCAUCCUAAGGAAUUUCCGCUCUGCUUUCGCUGUAUGCAAUUAGAAUCGGUCCCAUUGCGAAGUGAAGGGACGUCGAUUGCACCACCGGUUUUCUCAGGUGCCAACACAUCUUGUGUGAAUGCGGGAUGAAUUCCGGCAACCAGGGGAGGCCAGUGAGGAUAACAUUCAACCCGUGAAAAGUAGAACACAGUUGUGGACCGGAACCAUCGAUGGGACGAUGGUAACAAUGACUACGGAGAUCGACAAGGACAAGGCAGUAUCAAUCAUUGUUCCGAAGAAAAUGGCAUCCAACGAGAAGGACAAGGACAAAGACCGGGAUAAGGAGAAGGACAAGGACAAGAUUGCAGUAAAUAACGCCACCAGCAGUAACCCGGGUGUAAGUGGGUCCAGUGCUGGCAGUUCCGGAAUCGGUCCUUCCGGUGGGAGCCGUGGUAGUCAGUCACACAACACGCAGGUUGUCAUGAAUCAGGAUGCACCGAACAUUUUAGUUUACAAGAAGAUGGAGGGCAUUGUGGAACGCAUGCAAAGUGAGGACGGUGGGGUCUCAGUGCGUACAAUUAAGGCAUUCAUGAGUAAAGUACCGUCCGUAUUUACUGGGUCCGAUUUGAUUUCGUGGAUCAUGAAGAAUCUUAAAAUCGAAGAGGUCGCUGAAGCGUUGCACAUCGCACAUCUGUUGGCAUCCCACGGGUACCUGUUUCCAAUCGAUGACCAUCAACUGACGGUCAAGAACGACGGAACAUUCUAUCGAUUUCAGACGCCGUACUUUUGGCCGUCGAACUGUUGGGAACCGGAGAACACUGAUUACGCGGUAUAUCUGUGUAAACGAACGAUGCAGAACAAGACUCGCCUGGAACUAGCAGACUACGAAGCAGAGAACUUGGCCAAGCUACAGAAAAUGUUUUCACGCAAAUGGGAAUUUAUCUUCAUGCAGGCGGAGGCUCAGAGCAAGGUGGACAAGAAGCGCGAUAAGCUGGAACGAAAAGUGCUCGACUCCCAAGAGCGCGCAUUUUGGGAUGUACACCGUCCGAUGCCCGGUUGUGUUAACACCACCGAGGUAGAUAUUAAGAAGGCAUACCGCCGUGGUGCCUCCACGCACGGCUCAGGCUCAUCCGGCGCGGCCGUCAAUAGCAAUCCAAUAGAGCAACUCACUAGACAAAUUAAGCUCCUGAAACUCAAAUUAGAACGUAGAACUAUUAAGAUCUCCAAAGUAGCCGAAUCUUAUAUAUCAUAUUUUGAACAAUAUAACGAAUACGAUUAUUUUCUCACAACACCUGAUCAGCCAAAUCCAUGGAUAACGGACAAUAUUGAAAUGUGGGAUACUGAUCGAACUGCCAAAGACGUAUCGCUUAAACGCGUGAAACGAUGGGGUUUUAGCUUACGCGAGCUGCUGAUUGAUCCAGUAGGAAGGGAACAGUUUUCAAAGUUUCUGGAUAAAGAAUUCAGCGGAGAGAAUUUGAAGUUUUGGGAAUCGGUACAGAGUAUGAAAGCGCAACCUCAGUCGAAGGUGAAAGAAGCUGCCCACGCAAUAUAUCUGGAGUUUCUUGCACCGGACGCUCCGUGCCCGGUAAACGUUGAUUCGAAAUCCAUGGAACUGGCCCGGGAGGCGGUGAGCAAUUCGGCACCACCGAAUCGGUGGUGUUUCGACGUGGCCGCCGCCCACGUGUAUCACCUGAUGAAGAGUGACUCAUACUCGCGGUAUCUACGGUCCGACAUGUACAAAGAGUACCUCAAUGGGUCCAAGAAAAAGAACAAAUCCAUACCGAAUUUGUUUGGAGUUAAACGUUAAGAUGAUGUAUAAAGAGAUGGUUUAUGUCUGCGACGACAUAGGGGAAAGAUAUUUUAGCGCGAAUAUUUGUAAUGAACCCACAGCAUUAGAAGCAAAUCGACCGUUUUAAAAUCAGGUUAUACCAAACAGAUGCCCAUUGAAUUGAACUGUAGAUUUUCUAGUCAAUAAGCAAGCAAGUUAAGACAUUCUGUGAAAUCAAAAUCAAUCCAAGAAACAAAACAUAAGGAAUUGUUGAAUAUACUUCAAAGUUAGUGUGAUUUGCCAGAGUCUUGUCGAUUCUCGGCAUGGAAAUAAAAUGUAUAAAACAACUAUUAUCUUCGAUAAUAUUAUUCACCUUGAAAGACGACAUCACAAAAUGCGGAAAUAUUCGAUGGAAAAACGCUAAGACAGCAUCCAAUGAAAAAUAGGAGUAUUAUUAAGAAUCUGAAGAAAAUAUAUACAAUAUAAAUGAUGUUGUGCCAUCAUAAAUAA